UGGCUAAUGCCCGUUUGUGCCAUCUGUAGUCUUAUUAAUUUUGUUUUGCGUCAAUCAAGUUCCAAUUAGAAGAGAAAUAGGCUCGUGACAAAAUGUCGUAUGGACAAGGCUAUAACCCCUACGCUCAGCCCGGUGGAGGCUAUGCCGCCCCGCCCGGAGCAUUUCCGCCGCAAAAUGCCCAGGUUUCUCCCCAGGCACAGCAAUGGUUUCAGAUGGUGGACCGGGAUCGAUCUGGAAAGAUCAACGCAUCCGAGUUGCAGGCGGCCCUUGUAAAUGGGCGCGGCGAUCACUUCUCGGAUAACGCUUGCAAGCUGAUGAUAAGCAUGUUCGACAACGAUGCCAGCGGAACCAUUGAUGUCUAUGAGUUUGAGAAGCUCUACAACUAUAUCAACCAAUGGCUGCAAGUCUUCAAGACCUACGACCAGGACGCUUCUGGACAUAUUGAAGAGCAUGAACUCACCCAAGCGUUCACCCAGAUGGGAUUCCGCUUCACACCAGAAUUUAUCAACUUUCUCGUGAAGAAGAGUGACCCCCAGAGCCACAAAGAAGUAUCAGUAGAUCAGUUUAUUGUACUCUGCGUCCAGGUGCAGAGGUUCACGGAAGCGUUCAGGCAGCGCGACACCCAGCAGAACGGAACCAUCACCAUUGGCUUCGAAGACUUCCUGACCGUGGCCAUUGGCUGCUCGUACUGAAAGAAUUAAUCAAGGCAACCACUCCAAGGGAAUCAAUAUCCACGCUCUUGCACAUAUACAUUGCAGCCAACAGAGGAAGAACAAUAAUUCCGCUCCUGGUGCAUUUUCUUUAAAUUUCUUCGGUGUUUGAUAGCUUUUUAAUAUGUAAUCGCAUUAUUCACUCCAUAGUCAUAUUGCAAUCUCCUGGUAUCAGAAUCAAAUUUCAAAAGUAUUUGUUAUCGCACUUCGACUCAAUCAUAGUACAAAGUCUCUUGCGCCUAUUAAUAAACUAUACACAUGUAUUUUUAAAAAGUAA